AUGAGUCUGAUUGUCCACAGUCUUCUUCUAUGGGAGCUUGCUUUGGAUGUAGACAGCAGGGCCACAAGGUUAGAGAUUGUUCGAGAAGGACUGGUGGCUCAGGCAAAGGUUCUGGUAGUGGUUGUGGUACACAACAGAGACCAUCUCACUGGGAGGGGUAGUUCUAUAGGGACUAGUCAACAGUCCGGGGUUCAGGCUAGAGGUUUACAGGCUCAGAUAUCUCAGGGUCGAGUGUAUGCACUUCCUGAGACAUCUUCGGGACUGUCAGUGGUAAGGGGUAUGUUUCCAGUCUUUGGAUCUUAUGCUCGCAUUUUGUUUGAUUCUGGUGCACCUCAUUCAUUUAUUUCAUGCACAUUUACACUUGCAUCGGGAUUGGAGGUUGGUUUUCUGGACCGAGCAUUGUGCUUUGAUACGUCGGUAAGUGGUUCAUUGGUUAUGAGCAAGGUGGUGCAUGAUUGCGCCAUUAUGAUUGCUAGGCGGACUUUGGUUUUUGAUCUUAUCCUUCUUGAGAUGACAGGGUUUAACGUCAUUCUUGGAAUGGAUUGGUUAUCAUCAUUUCAUGCCACCAUUGAUUGCUUCAGUGGUAGAGUUUCAGUGUGUACACCAGAGGGGGAUUGUUUUGUGUUUGUGGGAGAUCGUGGUGAUUCCCUGGUUUCAGCUUGUUAUGGUGUUCGUGGUCAAGACCAUUGUGAUUUCUUCUUAGCUAACAUUUUGGCUGAAGAAGAUGGUGAUAUGGAGACAGUUUAUCCGUUAGUUGUUUGUGACUUUUUGGAUGUGUUUUCGGAUGAUUUACCGAAUUUACCUCCUAGAAGAGAAGUUGAGUUUGGAUUGACUUGA